CAUAACCCCUGCUUCGCCCUCGGCCUCGCCCAUCUCUCUAUCUCUUUCUCCGCCUCCGUCCGCGGUCAAGCUCUUCCCUCUCGAUCCCUCUCCUUCGAUCGGUUGGCUUCCAUUGAUUCAAUUCGAUCUGAAAUCCUUCUCCAAUUGCAUCUCAUCAAUCACAGCUACGAAUUCGUUCACGAUUUGAUCAGAUCCUGAUGUUUAUCUGCUUCCUUUUGAUCUAGAUUCGCGAGGGAUGUCGAGGUUUCAUGCGGAGGGGAAGGUGGUAGAGUGGGUCGACCUCCUGCGGCGGCGGCACUGGCCGUGGCGCGUUGAUGCCUGGCCCUUCGCGAUCCUCUAUGCCGCCUGGGGUUUCGCCGUCGUCCCCAGCAUUGACUUCACCGACGCGCUGAUUGUUCUUGGUGUGAUCUCUGCUUCUCAUGUACUCGUUUUCCUCUUCACCGCUUGGUCUGUGGAUUUCCGAUGCUUCGUUCAGUUCUCGAAGGUCAAUGAUAUACGUAGAGCGGUUGCUUGCAAGAUAACUCCAACGAAGUUUUCAGGUUCGAAAGAGAUCGUGCCACUUCAUUUCCGGAAACCGGUAAUGUCGGUCAUCACUUCAACAUCUUCAGAUGGAAACGCUGAAGAAAUAUAUUUUGAUUUUCGAAAGCAAACGUUUACCUUUUCGGCAGAAAAGAAUGCAUUUUGCAAGCUUCCAUACCCUACAAAGGAGUCGUUCGGAUACUAUUUCAAAUGCACUGGUCAUGGGACGGAAGCUAAAGUAAAAACUGCCACUGAUAAGUGGGGUCGAAAUGUGUUUGAGUAUCCACAGCCCACAUUUCAGAAGUUGAUGAAAGAGCAUUGCAUGGAACCCUUUUUUGUUUUUCAGGUCUUUUGUGUGGGUCUAUGGUGUCUGGAUGAAUAUUGGUACUACAGCUUGUUUACUCUUGCUAUGCUCUUUCUAUUCGAGUCAACAAUGGCGAAGAGUAGGCUGAAAACUCUCACUGAAUUAAGGCGUGUCAGUGUUGAUGCUCAAAUGUUGAUGGUAUAUCGAUGUGGAAGGUGGGUGAAACUCUCAGGGACGGAUCUUCUCCCAGGAGAUGUUGUCUCUGUUGGACGAGCAUCUGGUCCUAAUGGGGAGGAGAAAUCCAUACCUGCUGACAUGCUUUUAUUAGCUGGAAGUGCAAUUGUUAACGAAGCCAUUCUCACAGGCGAGUCUACUCCUCAAUGGAAGGUUUCUAUCUCGGGUAGGGCCAUUGAAGAUACAUUAUCUGCUAAGAGAGAUAAAAACCACAUCCUGUUUGGGGGAACAAAGAUAUUGCAGCACACUCCUGAUAAGUCAUAUCAUCUGAGAACACCUGAUGGUGGAUGCUUAGCUGUUGUUCUUCGGACAGGAUUUCAAACAAGUCAAGGCAAAUUAAUGCGAACAAUAUUAUUUUCCACUGAGAGGGUCACAGCUAAUAGCUGGGAAAGUGGGUUAUUCAUUCUAUUUUUGGUUUUCUUUGCUAUCAUAGCUGCUGGCUAUGUGCUUAAGAAGGGUCUGGAGGACCCAACAAGGAGCAAAUACAAAUUAUUUUUGAGUUGUUCAUUGAUUGUCACAUCUGUCAUCCCCCCUGAACUACCAAUGGAGUUAUCCAUUGCUGUCAAUACAUCUUUGAUUGCACUAGCUCGUCGUGGUAUAUUCUGCACUGAGCCUUUCAGAAUACCAUUUGCAGGAAAGGUCGACAUAUGUUGCUUUGACAAAACUGGAACUCUUACAUCAGAUGACAUGGAAUUCCGAGGAAUUGUUGAUUUGUCAAAAAAUGCAGAUCUACAAUCAGAUAUGAGUACAUUGCCUGCCCGCACUGUUGAAGUCCUGGCUUCUUGUCAUGCUUUGGUGUUUGUGGAGAAUAAAUUGGUUGGUGAUCCUCUUGAAAAGGCGGCGCUUAAAGGCAUUGAUUGGAUAUAUACAUCUGAUGAGAAGGCCCUGCCUAAAAGGCCUGGUGGUCAGGCUGUUCAGAUAGUUCAGAGGCAUCACUUUGCAUCUCACUUAAAGAGAAUGGCUGUUGUUGUCCGCAUCAAUGAAGAAUUUUUUGCUUUUGUGAAGGGAGCACCAGAAACUAUUCAAGAGAGGCUUGUUGAUGUUCCUUCAACUUAUGUGGAAACAUACAAGAAAUACACACGCCAAGGUUCCCGAGUUUUGGCUCUUGCCUACCGGCCACUUCCAGAUAUGACUGUUGGUGAAGCUAGAAGCUUGGACAGAGAUGUGGUGGAGAGUGAAUUACAUUUUGCUGGUUUUGCAGUUUUUGACUGCCCUAUCAGACCUGACUCUGCUUCCAUCCUUUAUGAACUGAAGGGGUCAUCGCAUGAUUUGGUAAUGAUCACUGGUGACCAAGCUCUGACAGCAUGCCAUGUCGCUUCUCAAGUUCAUAUAAUUACAAAGCCUGCAUUGAUUCUCGUUCCCAUGAAAACUGGCGGAGGUUUUGAGUGGGUUUCACCUGAUGAAAAUGAAAAAACUUCUUACAAAGCGAAAGAUGUGGAAUCUUUAUCAGAAUCCCAUGAUCUUUGUAUGGGUGGUGACUGCUUUGAAAUGCUUCAGCGUACUGAGGCUGUUCUUCAAGUCAUCCCUUAUGUGAAGGUUUUUGCCCGGGUGGCUCCUGAACAAAAAGAAUUGAUCUUGAUGACUUUCAAAUCAGUGGGAAGAAUGACACUGAUGUGUGGAGAUGGAACCAAUGAUGUUGGGGCUUUGAAACAGGCUCAUGUAGGCGUCGCUCUUCUGAAUGCGGUGCCACCAGCACAAGGAAACUCAUCUUCACAGGACUCCAAAUCUGAUAGUAAAUCAGUUAAACCGAAGAAGCCGAAAGCCACCAGUGAAUUGUCACGUCAUAGCAAAUCUGCCAGCAGCUCCACAGAAGCACCAAGCAACCGCCACCUCAAAGCAGCUGAGAAGCAGCGUGAAAAGCUGCAGAAACUGAUUGAUGAAAUGAAUGAAGAGGGCGAUGGUCGAAGUGCACCAAUCGUUAAGCUCGGUGAUGCAUCCAUGGCUUCACCCUUCACAGCGAAGCAUGCCUCUGUUGCCCCCACCCUUGACAUCAUUCGCCAAGGCAGGAGCACCCUUGUGACUACCCUUCAGAUGUUCAAGAUUCUCGGCCUUAACUGUCUUGCAACAGCUUAUGUUCUAAGUGUCAUGCAGUUGGAUGGUGUCAAGCUCGGCGACAUACAGGCUACCAUCAGUGGCGUCUUCACAGCAGCCUUCUUCCUCUUCAUAUCCCAUGCACGGCCUCUGCAGACAUUGUCACCAUCCCGGCCCCAUCCUAACAUUUUCUGUGCCUAUGUCUUCCUCUCACUUCUAGGCCAGUUCGCAAUUCACCUGUUCUUCUUGAUUUCAGCUGUUAAUGAGGCCUCAAAGUACAUGCCAGAGGAGUGCAUUGAACCAGAUUCUGAUUUUCACCCAAACCUGGUGAACACAGUCUCAUACAUGGUGAACAUGAUGAUCCAGGUUGCUACAUUUGCCGUGAAUUACAUGGGUCGGCCAUUUAACCAGAGUAUAUCAGAGAACAAGCCCUUCAAGUAUGCGCUGUACCUGGCCGUGGUCUUUUUCACAGUGAUCACCUCUGAUAUGUUUAGGGAUUUGAAUGACUGGCUGAAACUUGUGCCAUUACCUCAUGCAAUGAGAUCAAAGCUUAUGCUUUGGGCUACUCUAAUGUUUGCUGGUUGUUAUGGCUGGGAACGCCUGUUGAGGUGGGCUUUCCCCGGGAAGAUGCCGUCGUGGAAGAGGAGACAAAGGCAGGCAGUGACUGCUUUAGAGAAGAAACACCAGUGAACUUAACUACAACCAAAGAAGAACAGAUGAUUUUUGGUGCUUGUACCGAACUUUUGAAUUCCAUGAAAAAAUUCUUAUUUGAGAUGUGUUAACAGCUGUACUCCGGCGAUUUUGUCAUCCAAAAUACAAGGGAAGGUAGUUUUUCCUUGUGUCAGGUUCCAUAUGGUCUUUAGGAUGCUUAUCCCAGAAUGCUGGGAAGCAUAUAUUUUAUUAUUUUACAUUCAGGAAGACAGUGUAAAUUUAGUUUCAAUUAGUUUAUUUGUAGCCUUUAAUUUAAUAUACUGACAUAUCGAGAGCAAGGAUGCUCAUCUAAUUAUGACUUUAUAUUUGUAGCCUCUUCAAAGGAACAGGUUUAUCUA